AUGUCCACAGAGACAGCAGCACCAGUAGUACCCGCGGCGACAACGGCGCCAGCCGAGACUGUAGAGCCAGCAGUCAACUUCAUGAGAAUCAGUGAAGCUGCUGACAAGAAAGAUCAGGUUGUUACCUUCCGAGGAUGGGCCGCUCACGUCCGUAAAGCACGUAAAACACUUUACUUUGUAGAAUUGAGAGAUGGCACUGGAUAUUGUCAAUGUGUUAUAUUUGGGAAGGAAUUGUGCGACGCCGAGAAGGUCAAGUUCCUUACCCGAGAGUGCUCCAUCGAGGUCACUGGGACUUUGAAAGCUUACGAAGGCAAAAACCAUGCGCCAGAAAUUGCAGACAUCUUGAACCUCGAGAUGCAAGUGAGUGCAUGGCAUUUAGUUGGGGAAUCCCCAGUUGAUAUUGAGAAUAUCAUCAACAAAGACUCUUCCGUCCCCCAAUUGAUGGACAACAGACACAUCGCAUUGAGAUCGGAACACACUCAACAAGUGUUGAAAUUGCGAAGUGAGAUUCAGUGGUACUUCAGAAAGUAUUACCACGACAACAAAUUCACCGAGAUCCAACCACCAACUAUUGUCAAGACACAAUGCGAGGGUGGAAGCACUUUAUUUAAGUUGACAUAUUUCAAUGAAGCUGCGUAUCUCACGCAAUCAAGUCAAUUGUACCUUGAAAGUGUCAUUGCGUCCCUUGGGAAGUCCUUCUGUAUGUUAAGUUCAUACAGAGCAGAACAGUCAAGAACAGUAAGACACUUGGCUGAGUACUUACAUCUUGAGGCUGAACUCCCAUUUAUUACUUUUGACGAUUUGUUGGCCCAUUUGGAAGACUUGGUCUGCACUGUUGUUGAAAACGUUAUGGCUGUCCAUGGAGAGAAGAUCAUGAAGAUGAACCCACACUUCAAAAUGCCGACUCGCCCAUUCAAGAGAAUGACAUAUGCUGACGCAAUUAAGUUCUGUAACGACAACAAAAUUCUGAACAAAGACAAGCCUUUUGAAUUUGGCGAAGAUAUCUCGGAGAAGCCCGAGAGACAAAUGACCGAUAUGAUCGGUUGCCCCAUUUUCAUGAUUCACUUCCCAUCAAAGAUGAAAGCCUUCUAUAUGUCGAAGGUCCCGGGUCAUACCGACUUGACGGAGUCCGUCGAUUUGUUAAUGCCAGGCGUCGGCGAGAUUGUCGGCGGUUCAAUGAGAAUUUGGGAUUAUAAGGAACUGAUGGACGCAUACAAAGCAAACGGAUUGAAUCCAAAGCCUUACUAUUGGUACACCGACCAAAGAAAGUACGGGUCAUGCCCACACGGCGGGUAUGGACUUGGCGUUGAAAGACUUGUGAUGUGGAUGUUAGGCGAGGACCACAUUAGAAAGGUCUGCUUGUACCCAAGAUACAUCGAGAGAUGCGAGCCAUAA